AUGCAACUCCCGAACCAACUCCUCCCCCUCUUCGGCUCCCAGCCCUCUAUCCCUUCAAAGCCCUCUCUCCCCUCCUUGCCCUCCCUCGACCCCUUGCACUCCCCUCCCUCCCUUCCCUCUCUCCCCUCAGUAAUCUGUUGCCCCUGUCACACCCUCGUGUUGCACCCUGUCCUGGCCCCUCUCUGCCCUCGUCUGCACCCUCUCCCUUUUUUAGCAAUGUUGUCUCCCAACUGCCGCACACUGACCGGGCCCCAUGCUUUGUCGUUUUGCACUGCAUGA